AUGAGCUGGUCACUGGUCACUUCUGAGAUGAGGGAGAACGAGAUGUUGUAUCUUUCAGGCGAAGCCGACAAGGCAUCGAAGGAAAAGAAAGAUGCUGUUGCUGCCCAGCCCCUUCCGCCUGCCCCUACGGGGUCCACUCAGUCCGAACGCCGUCAGAGCUCUUCCAAACCCGCGCAACGACGGAAGCUUCAGAAGAAGCCCCCGGGCACUUCGAAGCCCACCACCCAGUAUCGGACAAUGAAACCGAUUGGGGAAUACCCAUCGCCCGUGGAGUACCGAGCUGCUGGCGUGGCUCCUCCGUCUGAACGGGCCCACAGCGUCGCGACCGUGCCGACCAACGUCCCGCGCGACGAAGCUGAGCGCCUUUCCCCCGUUAGCGGGGUUGAGAGCCCGCCGACUGACAAGGGUCAUGUUGAAAUCGCCGAAGAAGCGGCACUUGCCUCAACCUCGACUGGGGCCGAGACCGUGGCCGAUGAGUCUAUUCGCAGCACCACCCCAGCCGAUGCGGCCACUCCUACCCUCCCGAGCGCGGACAUCACCCACAAGUACCUCGCCGUGCUGAUGUCUCUUCCUUUGCGCCUCUCCGACAAAUAUGAUCUUGUCAAACUACGGGGCGUCAUGAAGUUCGCCAUAAUCAGCUCAAUCGAGAACGACAACGAGUGGUGUGUCGUUGGCCUUCUUUACUUCUGGUCCAAUGCCAUGGAUGAUGAAUUCAAACUCUCUUUGAUUGCCAACCUCUCCGAAAAUGACGGAGGAGACAAACAGUUGCAACUUGCUCUCCAAACGAUCCUUAACAAUUCUCUGAUAGAAGCCCAAAGGUGGUAUCAGAAAUACGUUCGCUCUACGGCCAAUGCAGCCGAUAUUCCUUCCUGCAGCGAAUCAAGUCAGCCAGCUGUCAAUUCUGUUGGUGCAGAGCCUAGCUUCAAGGUCUCCGACAUCUAUCGCGACACAAGUGGUCCUCGGGUUGAAGAAAACUUCCUGAGCGGCAAAUCAAAUACCGCUCCGCUCAAGAGGCCCAAGAAGCCAUGCCGCGUCAACGAGAAUGCCUACAAGCGUAAGCGCCAGUGGGAAAUGGAUCCUGAUCAUGAGGAAAAGAUGCGUGCUGUGCGUGCUCGUCUCGAAGCAGAGUCUUACUCGGAGGCGGUUGUCCAGUACAGUGCAAUCCGAACUCAGAUCGGUCCACCAGAUGCAAUCCAGCAUCCCUACGACAUGGAGAACAUUGAUGCGGGUAUCGAUGGGGACAUCGACGCGUUCAAUCGUGCGCGUUCUCUCCCUGUUCCGGGUUCAAUCCUCGAUAUACCUCUUGUAAAGGGUCCGGAGCCCACGGCUCCCUCUGUCUAUUCAGAUGGUGCUUCGGCUAUCGCUCGCAAGACUGGGAAGCCCGUCUCGCGACGUCAGAGAGAAAAGGCCAAGGGCCCUGAGGUCCCACAGCGUGCACGGUCGCUGUCUGUUGAUACCACAGUCUCAAGUCUCUCGUCACUUUCGAAUUCUGCUUACUCGGUCCGAUUCAAUGAUUGGUCUGGCGGCCAUGAAGCACGCCAAAUGCCGAAUUCUAUUGAACCCCCCGAGAACAGCGACGACUGCCACCAAUGUGGAAAAGGUGGCGAUUUGCUCUGCUGCGACACAUGCAUCAACUCAUACCAUUUCGAAUGCUUGGAUCCUCCCUUGGAUCCCAAGAAUCCUCCGCAGGGAGAGUGGCAUUGCCCCAAGUGCUCCAUUCGCAACAGCUUCUCGACCUUGAUUGCACACUCCAAACACUACAAGAAGACAGAGUUCCAACCUCCUCAGGAUAUCAAGGAGCAUUUCCAUGGAGUGGAUGAAGGAAUUGUGUUUGAUGGCGACUAUGCCCGGAAUUUAAAGCAUCAACGCUACUACAAGGCCGCGCCCCACCUGCCGCGGCUGACUAAAGCACCGAAGCAAGACGGCCCUACCAUUUACGCGAAUCCCAUGCUUCUCCGAGAAUACGACAACAAGGGAGACUGCAUCCGUUGCUCCAAGUGUGGUUUUACAUCCCAAGGUAUACAUCCCAUUAUUACUUGCGACUACUGUCCUUGCCGCUUCCAUCUGGAUUGUCUUGAUCCUCCCCGCGCACAUCCCCCUAACCCCAAGGUCGGGUGGAUGUGUCCUAACCAUGUCACUCCUGACGAUAUGAUUGCCACCAAGGAGAUUAAUGGCAGCAACGAGCGUACGCGCCGUGUUCGCCGAACCAAGAACAUGGCGUACAUUGAUUGUGACAUCAUGCUUCCUGACGACCCAAAUCAGAGUUUGUUUGAUGAAGACUGGAGAGACAAAAGGGCCCGUUUCCUCGGAGGCGAUGUCGUUUUGAACUUCAUCACUGCUGUCAAGGAAGAUCAUCACGAACGUGAAAAGGAGUAUGCACGAAUUGUCGAGCGAAAGUGCUUGGAGUUGACCAAGCAACUCACCAGCGAUUACCUCAACCGCGCUGAAAACGCUGGGAUCACCAACAACAUCGCACAGAACGGUCUUCCCGCGGAGUUCACCCAGAAUGUUUCUCACGCUGUUAACAACAUGAUAGCUGGCGCUCCUGUUUCCACUGAAGAAUUCGACGCUGCCACUACUCUCCUCAGCAUGGCUACAAGCCAGCCUCCUGCUGUCGGCGAAGGUCACAUCGCCGAAGCUGCCGGGCCUACCUCGCCCGUUGCUCAGAAGCCUCUGUCUCGCAUUGACGAGGAGUCUACCUUGGGCUCUUCUCAUGCUCCCACCUCUCCUCCCCUCGGCACCUCUCACCCUCCCAACGCAUCUUCGGAUGCCGAGUCCCACCAUUCGGACUCCGAGCUUCUCCCCCGGAUCCCUGUGUUCAAUCGGAACAAGCGAUCUCGCGCUGAUGACCAUGGAUCAGCCGGAGAGCGGGCGCAAAAGCGCCAAUACACCAAGUCCAAGUGA